AUGCCUGCGCCGGUCGUGUACCGUCUUCCGCCACGGAGCAACAAUGGUACCGACUUUAGCGUCCAGAACGGUGCUCAGCGCCCUGCAGGAAGCCAGCCACUGGCCUUCCUCGAGUUUGUGACCUGCUCUCUGUGCGCCACCCCGUUCCACGCCACGGAUCAGCACCAGCAGCGCAGGUUCUACAUGACGUCCUGUGGCCACGUCCUGUGUGACGACACGAGCCACAACCGUGUCGCCUACACGCUCCUCGAGGAAGGUCUCUCGCCCUCACUCCUGCGCUGGUUCCAGCCUGCCGCGCAGAGCUUUGAGGGCAUCGGUGAAUCAUUCUCGGUUCUCAAGUUUCAACAUGGCCAACUCGUCCGCCUCACCCGCUCGCAGAGGCAAAGGCUUGAACAGUAUCAAUCCUUCUUUGACGAGGUGAAGACUUCACUCGAAAGUUUCAAGGCCAGUGAAGAGGAUCUCAAGCGCCAAGUGUCCGACCUCUCGCGCCAGCUCGGCGAAGCCCGAGCCCAGAACGAUGCUCUUCAGCAGCAAAACGGCACUCUGAAGCAGAAGCUCACCGAGGUUGCCGCCUCACGCACCAUGGGCCUUCCGGCACAUGCCCCCCAGAUGCAAGAGACCGGUAUCGGACCACUUCAGAACGGUAUGGUCCCUCAGAACCAGAACCCCUUCGGCCAGCCUCAGCAAACCUUUCCCUCUGGCAUGAACAACUAUAAGAACCACGGGCAGAACGAGCAGCCAUUCCACGACCCUUCCAAUCAACCUCUCAAGCGUCCCAGAGAUGACGGAGGCUUCCCCUUUGGACGCCCAAACAACCCCGAAUACCCCCAGCGCAGCUCCACAGCUCUUCCCAGCGGCAACCGCAACGUAACCAACGCUGCCGCUCGACCACACAGCGCAGCAAGCUACGGAUCGGGUCCGCUUCCCGGCCCACGAACAAACUUGGAACAAUACCGUUUUCGUGCCAACAGCACGUCUGCACCCACCUCCCUCCCGCAGCCACCACCGGGCUCGCGACCCUCCUUCUCUCUUGCCCGGCCCACAAACGGCGUGCCGCGCUGGAACAAUGGCGGCGGUACUGCUUCACGGACUAGCUUUGGGGGCCCUUCUAGGUACAAUGACGGUCUAGCUGCCAUUCGCGAGGGCGACGAAGCUGGCGAACACAACGGAAUGCUUCGUGGUUGA